AUGUUCUCAAAAGUAAACAGACCAUUGAACACUCUCUACUCUGGAUUGAGACGUUACUCAACAGCCACCGACAAGUUCACCAUCAAUGUGAACUCACUGGUGGUCGAAAAGACAAAGACUCCACUCCCAAAGUACACCGAUAAGAACAAGCUGGUGUUUGGAAAGGAGUUCUCGGAUCACAUGGUCGAGGUCGCUUGGGAUGCCAACAGCGGAUGGGGCGUGCCAAAGAUCUCUGGCUACCACAACCUUUCACUGCCACCCUCAGCCUCAGUCUUCCAUUAUGCUCUCGAGUGUUUCGAGGGAAUGAAGGCCUACAAGGAUGCCAACGGAAAGAUCCGUCUCUUCAGACCAAUGGAGAACAUGAACAGACUUUACAAGUCCGCCGAAAGGAUUUGUUUGCCAACAUUCAACAAGGAGGCAGUCCUUGAGUUGAUUAAGCAGAUGGUCUUGUUGGACAAGGAUUGGAUUCCAGAGGGAAGAGGAUACUCAUUGUACUUGCGACCAACUAUGAUCGCCACUCAGAAGAGUUUGGGCGUCGGCACACCACAGACCGCAUUGAUGUUUGUCAUUGCCUCACCAGUGGGCCCAUACUACCCAGAGGGUUUCAAGCCAGUCAAGCUGCUGGCUGACGACCGCUACGUGCGCGCCUGGGUCGGAGGCUCUGGCGGCUUUAAGCUGGGCAGCAACUACGCCCCAACCAUCUUCCCACAGCUCGAGGCUGCCAAGAAGGGCUUCCAGCAGGUGCUCUGGCUGCUCAACGAUCAGAUCACCGAGGUCGGAACGAUGAACAUGUUUGUAUUCUGGAAGAACAACGACGGCCAGAUGGAGCUGAUCACACCACCCUUGAGCGACGGCACCAUCCUGCCCGGUAUCACCCGUGACUCAAUCAUCAAGCUGGCCAACCAGUGGGGCGAGUUCAAGGUGGUCGAGAAGAACUUCACCAUGUCCGAGUUGGCCAAGGCCAUCAAGGAGGGUCGCGUCAAGGAGGCCUUUGGCGCUGGCACUGCUGCCAUCGUCUCGCCAAUCUGCAGCAUUCACUACAAGGGACAGGACUAUCCCAUCCCCAUCGAUGCUGCCAAGGGUGCUGGUGCUCUGACUGCCCGUGUUGCCGACACACUCAUGGGAAUUCAAUAUGGAGAGAUCCCAAGCGAGUGGUCUGUCGUCCUCAACUAA